AUGACUUCUUUGGCAAAAGACGAUUUGUACAUCUUCUCCUUAGGAGAGGAAGUUGUGAAAAGCCUUAGUUUGCUUCAGUUCGAUGAAUCGGCCGCCGUGGUUGAACCCAAUGAGCAACCUUCGUCUGAGUCUGCCAAAGAUGAUUCAUCCAGUGGCGAGAACGUCAUUGUUGACCCAAAAGCAGACACUGAAAAGUCCAAAGACUACUACAAAUCUGACCUUCAUAGACUCAAUUUGAAGAGACAAGUCAAUGGUUUGCCCCCGUUGACCGAGGAGGAGUUCGAGAACCUACUUGAGACACAGUCGUUGGAGAGUAUUUCAGGGUCUGAAGAGAGUGAGAGUGAAGAGGAAGAUGAGUCGCUGAAACUUAAUACGAUCUUUGAACAGCUCUCGACGAAAGAUGAUGACGAUGAACGCAAUGUCAGUCACAUGAACACGAAUUCGCCAUACAUUCUCUUCCAGUCUCCAUUGGUGGAUCAGGGUAAGGCAUUUGGCAUGUACAAGGCAUUGUUCUCGAAGGGUGCCUUGGAUUCUGGGAAUGUGGUUGAGGAGGUGACUCACAUGUCUUCGGAACCAAAGAAGCUGGGUACUUCGGUGCUUCUAAUGAUUGGCGGUGGUCACUUUGCUGGUGCCGUCAUCUCACAUACCCCCAAGAGCAUGAAGGGCCUUGCGCCAAACCACAAGAUUUCAAAACAAGAGCAACAGGUGAAUGUGCUACAGUCAAAGACUUUCCACAGAUACACCACGAGAAGAAAGCAAGGUGGCUCGCAGAGUGCUUCUGAUAACUCCAGAGGAAAAGCUAACUCGGCCGGUUCUUCGAUCAGAAGGUACAACGAGCAGGCUCUCCAGCACGAGGUGCGUGAGCUACUAGGGUCAUGGAAGGAGUACUUGCAGAAAGCUGACUUCAUAUUUAUUAGAGCAAAUGCAGUUGCCAAUAGGCGUGCUUUGGCAGGUUACGAGGGUGCCCCAUUGGCUGCUGACGAUAAGAGAAUUAGAAACUUUCCUUUCACGACAAAAAGAGCGACCCUUUCGGAAUUGAAGAGAGCAUGGAUCCAACUUACAUAUGUGCAAGUUGUUGGUCUUCCGAAGGCAAAGAAGGUGCCUUUAAAGAGAGUUGAUCUUUCGAAGUCACAGAGAAACACGCCGUCGCCAGCCCCAGAGCUUUCUGAAUCUGAUAAGCAUACGAAGGAGAUAAUAGCUUUGCUCAAGAAACUGAAGGCCCCAAUGAUGAUCAACUACUUGAAGAAGAAUGGCUUGGAUGUAAAUUUUGAGUUCACUCCUUCAAAUCAGCAUGCCCACGCGCCCACGCCUCUACACUAUGCUAGCUCGCAGGGCCUUCAUCACAUGGUUCAGGUCUUGUUAGUCAAUUUGAAAGCUGAUCCUACGAUUCUCAAUGCAAUUGGAAAGACUGCAGCUCAAAUGAGCUCGACGCCGACUGUAAAGAAGACGUUUCAGAUUGCAAGGCAUAAUCUCGGUGAAGACUAUACAGAUUGGAGUGCUGCAAAGGUAGGACCUGCUAGGUCAAAGGAAGAGGUGGCCAAGGAAGAAGAGCUGGAGAAGAAACAGCAAGAGGCCCAAAACCGUCGUUUAAUAGAAGAGGAGCUCGCGAAGAAGACAGAGAUGGAACAUAAGAAGCCUACGUUCUCGUCCGGUGGCACCCUUGGUGGAAACAAGACGAUACAGAGCCUUGACAGAACAGCAAAAGACGAGACUAAUGAGGGAGCAGCGUGCUAG